GCCGGAAUGCGCUUUCCUUGCUGCCUAGGAGCCUGAUUUUAUGAUACAUAGGACACAUUCACACAGAGUAGUCUUCAAUUCAUUUGUCUGAUCCCAUUAAAGCUUCACAGAGCCGUCAGACUGCAAUCCUUGAAUGGCUUCGAACCUAAUUACUGAUUAUUUCCGGCCGAUGAGCGGACGGCGGAAGCGGCCGCAAGCAGGAGCACAACAAUCGUGGCGAGGCCGAAGAGAGAAACUCAGAUUGGUCGCAGAAGAAACAAACGCAUUGCUCCCAAGAAUUUUGUCUACACGGCCCGAGUCACCUCCUAUCGGGCAAAUAUGUCACGGCUUCAAAUAUGAAGCUCUUGAUCCUAGAUUCAGCCCGAGGCUGGCGACCCAAGUGGAAAUACUGCUCGGUGAUACUUUCGAUAUUGCUACUAGACUGGGACCUUCUCUAUACCCCUACAAUCAAAACAACGCGGAGCACGUUUGUAUUCUCAAUAUGGCCAACGCAAAAAAGCCUGGCGGCGGAUGGCUCAACGGAGCCCUUGCCCAAGAAGAGGCACUCUGCUACCGGAGCAGCUUAAGCUCAACACUCAAACGUUGUUAUUACCCUUUACAGUUCCUCGGCGCUAUUUAUUCACCGUCUGUCCUCAUCUUCCGAGAGAGCAUUGACCAAGGCCAUGAGCUGAUGGACCAGGAGAAACCCGAUCUUUUCCCGGUGGUGAGCGUGAUUAGCGUGGCUGCUAUUCAGGAUCCAGAAAUAGACCACCAACACGACCCGCCGAGGUACAAAAGCCCGCGCGAUCGCGAGGGUAUGAAGAGGAAAAUGAGGUUAAUUCUUCGAAUCGCUGCGUAUAAGAAACACCGCAGGCUUGUUCUAGGGGCAUUGGGUUGCGGAGCCUUUGGAAACCCGAACGCCGAAGUUGCUGAUUGCUGGGCCGAGGUCUUGCGGGAGAAAGAGUUCCAAGGCUGGUGGGAGAAGAUCGUCUUCGCGAUCCUAGACGAUGCAAAGAAAAUUGCGCAGGGUAACGGGAAUUUCGAUGUCUUCAGAGACAAGCUUCAUGGGAUGACAAUAUGAGCAUUGACGCAGCAAGAAAUUGAGCCCGAAGGUAUAACAUGUCCUCGUCGAUUCUCAUCUUGAAUCGUCACAGUAUAGUUAUAUUUGACAAGGUGGCGACGAUA